ACAUACCAGAAUACCCAGCCCCGAAAAUCCCUUUCAUUCUUUUUCUUCACCUUCGCCAUCUCCAUGUGUGUCCCCUGCUACCAGUUCCAGUGAGAGCGUAGAUUCUUCCUUUCUCCUUUCAUCUUCCGCACGCCGAAUCAAUUGCGAUAACCUCGCCGGCUGAACUCGCUCCCCAUUUCUGUGCCCUCAAUCAGCGCGGGCAGAAUGAAAGGGGGGCGAUCGCAUCGCCCUCAGAGCUCUGACCCACCGGAUGAGUGGGUGGACGGGUCGUGGACGGUGGAUUGCAUCUGCGGCGUGACCUUCGAUGACGGCGAGGAGAUGGUGAAGUGCGACGAGUGCGGCGUGUGGGUCCACACGCGCUGCUCGAGGUACGUGAAGGGCGACGACACCUUCGCCUGCGACAAGUGCAAGGCCAGGCACAACAACAACCCGGAGGAGACCGAGGUGGCGCAGUUCCUCGUGGAACUCCCCACCAAAACCAUCUCCAUGGACAACAAAAAGGCCCUACCCUCUCGGCCCAGGCUCUGGACCGAUAAGCCCAUCCAGGAGCGGGUCCACGUCCAGGGCCCGGCCGAAGGGGACCCUUCCAUCUUUUCCGCCACCUCCGUGUCCUCGAUUUUCUCCCCUCACCUCUGGAAGGCCUGCGGGUACGUUCCCAAGAAGUUUAAUUUUCAGUACAAGGAGUUUCCGUUCUGGAGCGAUAACGACGAGGAUAAGGAUAACGCUAACGAGAGUUUACAAGCACAAACAGAAGCUCAACCACAGGCGCAAGAUAAUAACAAGAAUGGGGCCGGGGCUCUUGUUUAUUUGUCUAAAAACGGUGAUAAUAGUGGUGCUGCUCUUGUAUUGGACCCUUCCUCUGUUGACGCGAGAUCUGGUCACGCCAAGGAAACCGAAAUGGGCAAGUUUGGGAGCGAGCAUGUGCUGCCACGUGUCCACAGUGAGGUGAAGAAGGAGAGGACUCUGCUGAGACCUCCCGUUGUUCAUAACAGUAAGCGCAGCAAAGGGGAUUUUGGGUCAUCAAAUUCAAAAGACCGGAGCGGGAAGAAGCGAGUUAGGACUACUUCUGACAGAGAGGUGGAUCCCAGGAGGAGAACUCUGCAUUCUUCUAAAUCAGUAUUUACAACCACUGGUGAUGCAAAACAAGUGGACUUUUAUGAGGACAGAGGACCAAAGAUUUUAAAGGCUGACACUAGGAGCAUAAAGAAUAAAAAUUUAAAAGAGUCAGUUGUUCAAGAAUGUGUUUCUGAUGAUUAUUUGGCUGCUGAUACCAUCAUGGAGGAGCCAAAUAAUAACUUAACAACUACGGAGGACUCUUCGGAACCAUUAUAUCCUGACACGACUAGACAUGGUGUUUCUGUUGUAGAUGUUCCAGCAGAAGAGAAGCCUAAUCAUAAACCUCCUACUGUGGUGGAGAUGUCUUCUAAGACAGAUGAUGCUGUUACAUCGGUUUUAAAGCAGAAUAAUGUUGGAAAUGCUUCAACUAAAGAAAAGGAUGGGGAUUGCUCAGUAGCUGAUAAUGCAGAUGAUAGUUUAGUAGUAAGAAGUGCUGCAAGUCCUCAAACUGAAGGUUAUUGCGGUUCUGCACCAGAACUUGCGGAUAACCAAUUUUCUCAAGAUCUUGACCGCAAUAAGCGUACAAGCUCUACAAAAUGCAAAGUUAAGAUGAAGAGGGAAGACGACAUUGAUAAUUUUAAGAAGCCCUCAAUUUUUCAUCCUUCACCCAUCAGUGAUCUUAAAAACAAUGAAAAACUAUCUGAUCACAAAUCUGAUGUUGAAGUGAAUGAUGCACCAGUUCCUAGUUUACUAUCAUGUGAAAAUAAGGUCGGCAGUGUGGACAUUUCAUCAGAAGUAAUUCCUGCUGAUUAUAUCAAUAAGCCCAAUGAAUUAUCUGGUGACUUUUGUCCUAGAAAGCAAGAACUGGAGGGUUAUGAAGGUUCCUUGGAAACACAAAAGGUAUUUUCUGAAACCAAAGAUGGUUCAGAUUCUGCUAAAGAUCCUUCAAAAUCUGAAGCACUUGGAUGUCCAGCUAAAGUGCUAGCAUGUGUUGGAAAGUCGUCUCCAACUUCGUCAACCAUAAAUUCCAAAUCAUUGGGUCAUGAUAUCAAAUCUGAAGAUACUGAAACAGCUAAUCCUUUUACGAAGCAUGGAGCCAUGACUGAUUCUAGUGUUCAGAUAAAGAAUGAAAACUGUACAAAUAAUGUUGCCAGGGAUGAAAAUCCAAAGAAGUCUGUAAGAGAGCGACCAAAAUCCUCCUUGAAUUCCAAUUCAAAGGGAUUGCAUUCAAGCAGGAGUGUGCAUAAUUCUGUGUCCAAGCAAGCAAAUUCAGAUGCGAGAGAUUCUGUUCCAGUAUCUUCUAAGUCUUUGAUACAUCAGACUGCAAGUAUAUCAGGCUCGAGUGAGUCCAAUGCAUCAUUGCACAAUCAGAAGGUUCUACAAGUGCAGAAUAAGAUUUUAUCUUCAGCACCACAGAAAGUUGAAAAAGUUAACCAAACAAACAUUGCCACCUCCUCUAAGUUGAACCAAGGUCAUGUGCCAUCAGUGAAUCCUUCUCCAAUAUCAAAUUCUUCAAUGUUGAGUGAUGAAGAGCUCGCUCUGCUACUGCACCAAGAACUGAAUAGUUCACCCCGUGUACCUCGAGUACCACGAGCACGCCAUGCGGGUAGCUUGCCCCAGCUUAGUUCUGCUAGUGCUACAAGCAUGCUAAUGAAGCGAACAUCAGGUGGAGGAAAGGAUCAUUAUUUGGUAUCUAGACGAAAACACAAGGAUGCAUCUCGAGAUGGGUCUGGCAGUUCUCGUGAACUGGAAGAUGAAGCUAAAAAGAUAGAGAAGGAGAAGGGUCCAACCUCUUCUGAACAGAGGAAGCAAGAUAUGUCAUAUAUGGAGGAUGCUCCUGCAAGGGAAGAAGGCCCUGCUUCUAUGACAGCAGCAAACUCCAUUGCAAACAACAUUGUUUCUUCCACUUCUGCAAUUGCAAACAGUGAUCCAUCUUCCCCUCCAGAGGAUCAGAAUCUAUCAUCCAUGCGUAACUCACCUAGGAAUAUCUCUGAUGAUGAUACAGUGACUGCGGGAAGGCCAGCUCAUCACACCUUACCUGGUUUAAUCAAUGAAAUUAUUAUGAGCAAAGGCAGGCGCAUGACAUAUGAGGAACUCUGUAGUGCUGUGCUACCGCACUGGCAUAACUUGAGGAAACACAAUGGAGAGCGUUACGCAUACUCAAGUCACUCCCAGGCUGUUCUUGAUUGUUUGAGGAACCGGCAAGAGUGGGCAAGGUUGGUUGAUCGUGGUCCAAAGACAAAUUCUAAUAGAAAAAGGCGUAAGCUGGAGGCUGAAGAAUCUGAUGAUAAUGGAUAUGGCAAGGGAAGAACUGCGAAAGAGUCUGAAGGGAAGAACUUUGAGUUGCAAAAGGAAGAGUUCCCCAAAGGCAAGCGUAAGGCUCGAAAACGCAGACGCCUUGCUCUUCAGGGAAGAGCAGUGAAGGAUGUGAGGAGGAGACAAAAAACUGACUCACUAACGGAUGAGGAUGUUGGUCCAUUCUCCAAUUCUAGUGAAGAGAGCAUGUUCAGUGAAGAUGAAAUUCAGGUUGGCAGAAUAUGCCCAACAGGAAGUACAUCAGAUGAGGCAGGUAGUGCCUAAUAUGUAGUGCCUUAAUAUCUCAGAUUUGUUGUUGCAAGAAUAAGAAUUGUUGGCAUGCAGUCUUUGAGAGCUUGUUUAGUCAGAGGGUGGAUUGCUAUUGCUUGAUGCGAUGUCACGCCGCUUCAGUUGUGUAAAUACUCGUAGCAGUAGUUGUAUCUUUCUUCAUGCUUGAGGCAGAAGGUGGUGUAGUGUAGAAUUUUGUAAGUGACUAGUAUUUUAGAUUGGGUUGAAUAGGAAGCAAGAAUGUACAAUUUGAUUAGGAAAUACUAAUUUGGAAACCACCCUUGGAUGCUGGGAGCCUGAUAUAUGAUAAUCUAAUUUAAUACUCUCGGUGGUCUCGAGUGAUGGGUGGAAGGGUAUAGAAGGAAGAGAGUAGAUGUGGUAGCUUUGCAAGGGACAAUGUAUAUGUAUAGAAUAGUUACUGAUAUACGGUUAUUGAUUUAUUGUUGUAAAGUUCUUAUUGUAUAACAUUUUUAGGCUUUGCAUUUC